AUGGUUUCAUCAUCAAAUUUAGGUUUCCCAAGAAUGGGUGAAAACCGUGAAUUAAAGAAAUUAGUUGAAAACUAUUGGCAAGGUAAAGUUGAAGAAACCCAAUUCCAAAAGGAAUUAAAAGAAAUUAGAAUUAAUCAUUGGAAAUUACAAAAGGAAGCUGGUAUUGAAAUUAUUCCAAGUAAUGAUUUUUCAUUAUAUGAUCAAGUUUUAGAUCAUAUUCACUUAUUUGGUGCCAUUCCAAAACGUUAUACUCCAGUUGUUGAAUCUGAAAUUGAAGAUGGUUCAAAUGGUUUACGUACUUAUUUCGCUAUGGGUCGUGGUUAUCAAACUUCAAAAGCAGCCACCCAAGUUUCAGAAACCAAUACUCAAGGUGCAUUUGCAUCAAAAGUUGAGAAAUCAAUCGAUGUUGGUAGUAUGGAAAUGAAGAAAUGGUUCGAUACAAAUUAUCACUACAUUGUACCAGAAUUUGAAGAUUCUCAACAAUUCAAAUUAACAAACUAUGGUGGUUAUAGUGAACCAAAACCAAUUCACGAAUUCUUAGAAGCAAAAUCAAUUGAUAUUGAAACUCGUCCAGUUGUUCUUGGCCCAAUCUCUUUCCUUUUAUUAGGUAAAUCAAGUGAUAGUUCAAAACCAUAUUCAAGUAAAUUCGAUUCAUUAGUUCACCUCAAUGCUUUAUUAGGUGUCUAUGAAGAACUUUUCAAACAAUUUGAAAAGAUUGGUGUUAAAUCUGUUCAAAUCGAUGAACCAGUUUUAUGUUUUGAUCUCUUUGAAACUGAAUUAAUUAAAAAUGCUUAUACCACUGCUUUUAAUGUAAUUCAUAAAGCUGCCCCAAAUAUUAAUAUUUUAAUUGCAACUUAUUUCGGUGAAAUUCGUGAAAAUAUUGAUUUAAUUACUUCAUUACCAGUAAAUGGUAUUCAUAUUGAUACUAUUAGAAGUUCAUCAAGUGAAGUUGAAAGUGUUUUAACUAAAAUUCCAACCUCAUGGACAAUUUCAAUUGGUAUUAUCGAUGGUAGAAAUGUUUGGAAGAAUGAUUUAACUAAAUCAUUAGUUACCUUAAAGAAUAUUAUCGCCAAAACUGGUAGUGAUAGAAUUUUAUUGGCACCAUCUUGUUCAUUAUUACAUUGUCCACAUUCAUUAACUCGUGAAAUUGGUAGAGUUGAAAGUCAAGUCUUAGAUUGGUUAGCUUUCUCAUUAGAGAAAUUAAAAGAAAUUUCUUUCCUUACCUACGCUCUUAAUAAAUGUACUUUUACCACUGAAAAUACUAUUACUUUCCCAGAAGAUACUUGUUCAAAAAUUAAAGAAUAUUAUCAAUUAAAUAAAGAAUCAAAUCAAAAGAGAAGAGAAUCAAAAUUAAUUCAUAAUGAUAUCGUUAAAAAGAGAGUUACUGAAAUUACUCCAUCAAUGUUAAAACGUGAAAAUCCAUUCCCAGUUCGUCGUGAAGCCCAAAGAAAAAGAUUAACUACUCUUCCAGCAUUAUUCCCAACCACUACUAUUGGUUCAUUCCCACAAACUAAAGAAGUCCGUUUAGCAAGAAGUAACUUUAAAUCAAAGAAAAUCACACCAGAAGCUUAUGAUCAAUUCAUUCGUGAUGAAAUUAGAAAAUGUAUUAAAGUUCAAGAAGAAUGUGAAUUGGAUGUUUUAGUACAUGGUGAAUUUGAAAGAACCGAUAUGGUUGAAUAUUUUGGUGAAUAUUUAGCUGGUUUCGUUUUCACUCAAAAUGGUUGGGUACAAAGUUAUGGUAGUCGUUGUGUUAAACCACCAAUUAUCUAUGGUGAUGUUAAUAGACCAGUUCCAAUGACUCUUGAAUAUACCACAUUUGCUCAAACCCUCACAACCAAACCAAUGAAAGGUAUGUUAACUGGUCCAGUUACAAUCCUUCAAUGGUCAUUUGUUCGUGAUGACCAACCACGUUCUGAAACUUGUUUCCAAAUUGGUUUAGCCAUUCGUGAUGAAGUUACCGAUUUAGAAAAUAAAGGUAUUGCUUGUAUUCAAAUCGAUGAACCAGCAAUUCGUGAAGGUCUUCCAUUGCGUUUAUCCGAUUGGAAUCAAUAUCUUAAAUGGGCAAUUGACUCUUUCUUAUUAUCAAGCACUGGUGUUAAAGAUAGUACUCAAAUUCACUCCCAUAUGUGUUAUUCAGAUUUCAAUGAUAUCUUUGAAUCAAUUCAAAGAAUGGAUACUGAUGUUUUAACUAUUGAAAAUUCAAAAUCUGAUCUCAAACUCUUAAAAGCUUUUGAAAAAUAUGGUUACACAAAUGAAAUUGGUCCAGGUCUCUAUGAUAUUCACUCUCCAAGAAUUCCAUCUGUUGAAGAUAUGAAAGAUCGUGUUGAACAAAUGCUUAAAUAUCUCUCAACUAAUCUCUUAUGGAUUAAUCCAGAUUGUGGUCUUAAAACUAGAGAACCAGAAACUACAAGAUUAGCUUUAAUUAAUAUGGUUAAAGUUGCUAAACAAUUUAGAGAAAUUUAUGCUAAUAAAGAAUAA